CCUCUACCGGCAACAUCCGGGUUCUUCCCAUUUGGAACUUGCUGGCAUUCAAAACAAUAAAUAAGUCAAGAGUCUGGCGACCUAGCAGAAGCUUCUAGCUGGGCACUUCCUGCAGAGUAGAAACUCCCCGAGAAAGCAGAUCUGCGGGUGUCCUCCAGGGAGCUGGCUUCCAGGGGCCUGGCCUCAGCUUGGAGUUAGCCUUCGCAUGGAAAGGAAGCCAAAGAACUCCACUCCAUGGCAGGUUUCAGUCCAAAGCCGCAAGAUUUCAAGUUGCUUUUUAAAGGAUGACUUCUCACCCACUCGGCCCCUCAUUUCCCAGGGAAAUAAAUGCAGAAGUGCCAAAGGCAGCCAGACGGAAACAGAGUGUCUGCCCAGCCGAGGGCUCACUGCGCUGGAAGGCCGCAGGCGCAGCCGAGCCAUGGACAACCUCACGGCAGCCCCCGGGAACGCCAGCCUGUGCGCCCGGGACUACAACGUCACCCAGGUGCUCUUCCCGCUGCUCUACACGGUCCUGUUCGUCGUCGGCCUGGUCACCAACAGCCUGGCCAUGAGGAUCUUCUUCCAGAUCCGCAGCAAGUCCAACUUCAUCAUUUUCCUGAAGAACACGGUCAUCUCCGACCUCCUCAUGAUCCUCACCUUCCCCUUCAAGAUCCUCAGCGACGCCAAGCUGGGCGCGGGGCCCCUGCGGGCCUUCGUGUGCCAGGUGACCUCGGUGGUCUUCUACUUUACCAUGUACAUCAGCAUCUCCUUCCUGGGCCUCAUCACCAUCGACCGCUACCAGAAGACCACCCGGCCCUUCAAGACCGCCAACCCCCAAAACCUCCUGGGCGCCAAGAUCCUCUCGGCCGUCAUCUGGGCCUUCAUGUUCCUGCUGUCCCUCCCCAACAUGAUCCUCACCAGCAAGCGGCCCCGGGACAGGAACAUCAAGAAGUGCUCCUUCCUCAAGACCGAGUUCGGGCUGGUCUGGCACGAAAUCGUCAACUACAUCUGCCAGGUCAUCUUCUGGAUCAACUUCCUCAUCGUCAUCGUCUGCUACACCCUCAUCACCAAGGAGCUGUACCGCUCCUACGUCAGGACCAGGGGCCUGGGCAAGCCCCCCCGGAAGAGGGUGAACGUCCGGGUCUUCAUCAUCAUCGCCGUGUUCUUCGUCUGCUUCGUCCCCUUCCACUUCGCCCGCAUCCCCUACACGCUGAGCCAGACGCGGGACGUCUUCGACUGCGCGGCCGAGAACACGCUCUUCUACCUGAAGGAGAGCACGCUCUGGCUCACGUCCCUCAACGCCUGCCUCGACCCCUUCAUCUACUUCUUCCUCUGCAAGUCCUUCAAAAACUCCCUGGUGAGCAUGCUCAGGGGCGCCGCCACGGCCCCGCCCCAAGGGAACCGGAAAAAAGGACAGCACCGGGGGGACCCGAGCGAAGAGACACCCAUGUAGACUCAUGGGAGACCCAGGGCAGGGUUCUAUGGGCGAUGGACGGCUCGGACCCCGACCCCCAAAGGAGCUCAGGAGCCUGUCCGUGCAGCGACCAGCAAAGGCGCAGCUAAGAGCCACGACUCUUGGAAGAAACACUGCACAGCCACAGACGUGAGCCCCUGGUUCCAGCGUCUAAAGGCCCUGGGGGGAGUGGACGGUCAGCUCCCCGGGGGCCGAACUCCCACAGAACUCCUCACUUGCAGAGUCUGGCGAGAUGAGUAACCGUCUAAUAGCGUCUAUUGCUGUCACGACUUAUAUUGUUGGCCGUCACGCUACUGUCAACUCGCUCUGAUCCACCGGGGACAGUACGUUUGAUCAAAGGCUCCGAAGCAAAAAAAAAAAUUCAGCUUAGGGAGACACAUAUCCAAUCCCAGCCCCCUAACCAAAUGCUGACCUCUUGUGCAGCUCCUCCUGAAAAUGUAAUGUAGCUGUCAGGGCCGGGGCUGUGGGCAUGUCGGGAAAACAGUAACUACUAACUCUCAGUAACUCGCGUAAACUUCAGGAAUUUAAAGAAAUUGGAAUGCUAGUUGAUCAUACGGAAAAUUUUAAAUUUUCGGUAAGAAGUAGACUUAAUUAAAAAAAAUACCUUUCCUAUAAAAGUGUAGAAAUGGUGAAUGAGGUUGUAUGUAUAAAGAGUUCUUCGUAUGACACAUAAUACCAAGUAAGCGUGAAUAUUUCCUAACACUAGAGAAGUCAGUUUUACUAAUAUUGUGACAACUUGAGUACAUUCACUACCUUCGGUGACAUUUUUAUGAACUAGUUUCUAGGAACAACCUGUGUCUUGGGACAAUGAACGUUGCCCACAGUUUAAUACCAGAAUGGUCUAGCAGUGAAUGCCAGGAAACAUUAUUACACAGCAGAACGGUUGUUGCAAAAUGAUGGAAAGUUCUGAACGGUCUGUUAACCUGUGUAUGCAACAGAAAAUUCACAUUAAACU